AUGGGAAACUGUCUGUUUGGAGGCUUAGGAGAGGUUGAUCAUGGAGUAGUCGAAGUGGUUACGUCCAACGGAGGUGUCAUGGAAUUUUACACGCCAAUUUCCGUAGGCUACAUCACCCAAGAAUUCCCAGGCCACGGGAUUUUCCGCAGCCAUGAUCUUUUCUGGAAACCGCUCUCUCCCCAUGAAGAACUCGUGGCAGGACAGUCAUACUAUCUGCUCCCAGUCAACGACGACGUCGACAAGGACGACAUGAGUCGACACGGCCAAAUCGUCCGGAGAGGACACGUUCGAUCCAACAGUAGCGUACCGGCGUCGUUGGCUGCCUCAUAUAGGAUGUCGCUCGACUACCAAGGGUUGCUGAAGAGGUCGUACACGGAUGUUUUCUCCAAGUACAACAAUGGUCGAUUCUGGAAAGUGAAGCUGGUGAUUAGCCCAGAGCAGUUGGUGGAGAUACUGUCACAGGAGGGUCGCACCCAAGAGUUGAUAGAGAACGUGAGGACCGUGGCAAAGUGUGGGAAGGGUGGUGUUUCGGAUCUGGAAUUUUCAGAUCAAUGGAGCCUCUCGAGCAGUUGGAAUGCUUCCACCAAGAAAGAAGCAUUAGUAGACAUGAUUUAG